AUGCAAUGUGUUGCCGAUUGUGAGAGUAAGCACCCAAAGACGUUCGAACAACCCGUCAUCCAGACUCUGCAGAUGUUCGUUGGCGAAUCUGGAUGCUGGCUCAUUGUCCUGCUCGGCUACCUUGUUCGGCGUGUGCGCAAAGCCACGAACACUGCAUCAGCGGAGGAUAUACAGUACGAACCGGUAGCGGCCCGAGACAGUGAGGAAGGCCUGGCAGAGGCAGAGGAGGAUGGAGACCUCACCUCUUCGCAGACACUGGUGGACCCAACGAACGUAGUCGCAAAGCCUCUGGUUGACGGCGAAGUUGCGCAUGUCGAACGCAGACCUUUGCGCGGCUGGAAGGUAUCACUGCUUGCAUUGCCCGCAAUCUGCGACAUCCUUGGGACUACACUGAUGAACGUGGGAUUACUGUUCGUUGCGGCCUCAAUAUACCAGAUGACGCGCGGCGCCCUUGUUCUGUUCGUGGGGCUCUUUAGCGUCAUCUUCCUCAAGCGUUACCUCAACGGCUGGAAAUGGGCAAGUUUGUUCAUCGUGGUGCUUGGCGUUGCUAUUGUUGGGUUGGCUGGCGCGCUGGAGAAGAAGGACGGCGCCCCAAGACUGCCAGGAGACACAGAACCUAACUCAGGAGCAGCAAUACUCAUGCGCUCUGCUUUGCACAUUGCGCGGGAUGCCGUAUCAGCGCUUGAGGCGCAUACCGCAGCUGAGACUGUGCUCGGCGUGCUAAUGAUUGCUGGCGCACAGAUAUUCACCGCAACGCAAUUCGUGCUUGAGGAGAGCAUAAUGGAGAAGUACUCUAUGGAACCUAUGCAAGUAGUUGGAUGGGAAGGCGUCUUCGGCUUCCUGGUGACCCUUGUCGGCAUGGGCAUACUGCACGGCGCAAUUGGACGGACACCUGCAGGUAGGGGAGGCUACUUUGAUGCCGCCAACGGCUUUCGUGAAGUUUACAACAACCGUGCUAUUGCUGUAACUUCCCUGCUCAUUAUGGUUUCCAUCGGCGGUUUCAACUACUUCGGUCUUUCGGUCACGCGUCAGAUCUCUGCCACUUCACGGAGCACCAUCGAUACGUGUCGCACGCUUUUCAUUUGGCUUGUCAGCCUAGGCUUGGGCUGGGAGAGCUUCAAGUGGCUUCAAGUAUUGGGGUUCGCAUUCCUUGUCUACGGGACUGGCCUGUUCAACGACAUCAUUCGACCACCGACGCUUACCUUUCUGCGUAAGCGCGGAAAACGGGGCGUUGCCCUUGGCGCCGAUGAAGGUUGA